UCCUCCCAGGCCUAAAAAUGAAUUCAUCAAAUCAUAGUCAUGGAAUGGUUUGGGUUGAAGGGACCUUAAAGCUCACCCAGUUCCAACCCCCCGCCACGGGCAGGGACACCUUCUGCUAGAGCAGGUUGCUCCAAGCCCCUGUGUCCAACCUGGCCUUGAACACUGCCAGGGAUAGGGCAGCCACAGCUUCUCUGGGCACCCUGUGCCAGCCCCGCGGCGCUCCCCGCGGGCAGGGGACACUGCGGCACAGCCGCGGGGCACAUACAGCGUGUCACCGGCCCCGCUCCCAGCGCCACUGACCGCAACCCACUGCCGGCCCCGGCCCGCCUCUUCCAAGGGGCAUCUGCUGCCGGGCCCCAUCUCGCGGGUCCCGCCCGGGCCACGGGGACAAUACGGACCCAGACCGGGGGUACCGUGACCGGCAGCCCCGGGCCCUCCCCAUGCCCACAGCGGCGGCGCGGCCGGGACUUCUUCCCGUCCCGUCUUCUCGCGAGAAGCCGCCGUCACGCGCGCGGCGGCCAACCGCGCCUCACGCAUCCACCGCCGCCGUCGUAUCCUUCCGCGCUCUCCCCCUCCCCCUUCUGGAGAGUUCUGCACGGCGGCCGCAGGAUAAAUAGUCCCACCCUCCCCCCUUCCCGCUUCCCCCCUCCCGCUUCUCCUUCUCUCCCGCCCGUCUCUCCCCUCUCGCUCCCGCCCCGGCCUCGCUUCGCUCCCGCCCCGGUCUCGGCGGCUGUCCCCGCGCCCUCCCGUCACUCAGCGGAGAGCGGUGGGGGUCGGUGCGCCGCGGCGGAGUGAUACGCGGAAGGCCGGCGAGGAGGCGCCAGCGCAUAAAGGGUCGGCGGAGGGAUGCGAUAGGAGCUGCGGCACCGAGCUCCAGCGCAGCGGCCAGGGAGCAGCGCGCCAGCCCCGGCCGCCGCAGGCCCCCGCCCGCCGCCGCCUCCGGGGGGGGCCCCUUCCCCCUCCUUCCCUUCCCCCCCUUCUCUCUCUCCUUCCCUUCCCCCCUUUCCCUCCUCCUCCUCCUCCCCCCCCCCGCUUCUUUUCUCUAUCCGCGCCGCCGCCACCUCCGCGCUCCUCCUUCCCUCCCCCCCUUUCCCCCCCUCGGAAAAUAGUCCCCGCGGCUGCCCCCUCCCCGCCCGCCCCUCCUCGCCGCCUCGCGCACACAAUGGCGCUGAAGAGAAUCCACAAGGAGUUGAAUGACCUGGCGCGUGAUCCUCCAGCACAGUGUUCAGCAGGGCCUGUUGGUGAUGAUAUGUUCCAUUGGCAAGCUACAAUAAUGGGACCAAAUGACAGUCCCUAUCAAGGUGGAGUAUUCUUCUUGACAAUUCACUUCCCAACAGAUUAUCCCUUCAAACCACCUAAGGUUGCAUUUACAACAAGAAUCUAUCAUCCAAAUAUUAACAGUAAUGGCAGCAUUUGUCUUGAUAUUCUACGAUCACAGUGGUCCCCAGCACUAACUAUUUCAAAAGUACUUUUGUCCAUCUGUUCUCUGUUGUGUGAUCCCAAUCCAGAUGAUCCUUUAGUGCCUGAGAUUGCACGGAUCUACAAAACAGAUAGAGAAAAGUACAACAGAAUAGCUCGGGAAUGGACUCAGAAGUACGCGAUGUAAUUAAAGAAAUUAUUGGAUAACCUCUACAAAUAAAGAUAGGGGAACUCUGAAAGAGAAAGUCCUUUUGAUUUCCAUUUGACUGCUUUCUAUGAGCCCACGCCUCAUCUUCCCCUGUGCACAUGUUUACCUGAUACAGCAGUGCUGCGUGUUGUACAUACUUGGAACAACAAAAUAGAAAUACUGUAUUUCCCCGUACCAACAUUGACUCCUAGCAGAGAAGUGUGUGUGUGAAAAGCUGGUUCUUCAGUCAUAACUUUGUGAGCCUAAAAGCAUUCCCCUCUUGAUUUAAAUUGGGUAGUAAAAUGUGAACGGGAGAGUGAUGGCAGAGUUCAGAUUUCUAGGGACAGUGUUGCUGGUCCGUGAAGGAUUUUAAGUGGAAUCCUUUUAAACUCAUAACAGUUAUGAAAAGCAAGGUGAAGAACUUGAAGCUGUUUCUGUAUUCAUUUUAUUCUGAAGGACCUACACCUUAGGUAAAUGUUAUGACCAAUGAGAGAAACUGUACCCACAUCCUGUGUUUAAGGUCUAAGUUUAACCAGUCACCAUUUAAAUGGAUUGGAGCUAUUAGUGCAUCAAGUGAUGUUGAUUUGUUUCAACUCUCUCCCUUCCUUCAUACUUCUUUUGGUUUGUAUGUGGUUUCUCAGUUAAUACCUAGCUAAUAGCUCUUAUUUUUUUCUUAAGUUUUUUAACUGCUUAGGUCUUUCUGGAUGUAAGGGUAAAAAAAAUCCAUUUGACAGACAAACUUGUGUGUAUUUAAAGACCCAACUGCUCCCCUGGAGCUUGUACGUUCAAGAAUGAUUAAUCUGUGUAAUAAACUGAUUACUACAGUCAUUACAUAUAACUUUGUGUGAAUAGGCUUUUACUUUUAAGAGCAGUUUGUUACAGGCUUAAAGUAAAAUGGUGGAUUUCUAAACCUCUUGCGUUGACCUAUGGUUGAGUUUGAAGGCGUGAAGCAGCUUGGCUUGAUCCCCACGUGCACCUGGAUGAGACAAACGUAAGCUUGAGCACUUCCAUGAGAUCAGGAUGUGCCCUGUGCCAGGAACCUGACUGUUAAACCAAAUCAGCAGUUCCCUAACUGAGAACGAGUGACAUUUUACAGAGCCUAAUGGUAUUAUUCCCACUUGCAUGGGACCUAACACAAUGCAUAUGUACUGUAGGUAAGUGAAACCUUAUGUAACUAAAAUAAUGGAUGUAAAAGGGUAAAAAAAAAAAAAAAGAAAAAACCUACCAAACACAUCAGCACAAACUUUCAUAAAAUGUAGCUUUUACAUAAUUACUUUGCACUAAACAUUUGCAAAUGUUCAUUCAGUUUGAAAUUGUACUUGUAUGUGUCUUUUUUUUCUUUUUUUUUCUUUUUUUUUUUUUUUGGAACAAAGUCUUCACUUGAAUCUAGUGGAAACAAACAAAAAAAAAUGUAGUUUGGAACUUUUUUUCUUUGUAUACAAGUGUAUUUGCCAGCAGCGUUGGUGUGACAGUAGGUGAGUCUGCAAGUUUAUCUCCUUCCUCAUAGUAGAAUUGUGAACAAAGCCAUCGACUGAAGGAGAGGCUGUAGCCUCCAGCCCUCCAGCCACAAGGGUCUGUCCCACCCAUUUCCAACUGCAUCUUGACACUCUUGCACAAAACGAGGAAUAAAUGUCCACUGCUUUUGGUCUAA